AUGGCGAGGCGGCAGCCGUGGUGGGGUCCCAGGGGGCCGACCACCCCGCUACUCCUGCUCCUUCUCCUCCUCUCUUUGUUCCCUCCUAGCCGGGAGGAGCUGGGGGGCGGCGGGGGCCAAGGUUGGGACCCGGGGGUAGCUGCUGCUAUGGGGCCAGGGGCGCGGAUCGGCGGCGGAGCCUUAGCUCUUUGUCCCGAGUCGCCCGGGGUCCGAGAGGAUGGAAAGCCUGGCUUGGGAGUCAGGGAACCUGUCUUCAUGGGGCUCCGAGGGGGAAGGCAAAGCGACCAAAGCGGUCGAGGGACCCCUGAGCAGCCGGGGUUGGGAGCGGAAUAUGGAGUUAAGACAUUUGGCAGCCGCGGGCAGGAGACAGGACAAGGACCAGGGUCUCUGUUAUGCUGGCGUCCAGAGGUCUCCUCUUGCGGGCGGACAGGGCCGUUGCAAAGAGAUAGUCUGUCGCCAGAACGUCUUUCCCCAGGGGUCCCGGGCCCAGAGAACAGCUCUCCCUUCCCUUCGGACCUUCGGAUUCGGCCCCGUGGUUCCCAGCCGGUGUUCUCCCAGAGGAAUACUGGGAGAGGCGCCCCCCCAAAAGUGGGAACCACGCGCUGCUGCGGGGAAUUGUGGGCGCCGGGGCUCAGGGGUCAGAGCGAGAGAACCGCGAUAUCCCAAGCGAGGAGGACAGGGCCCCGGCUGGACCGCCCUCCUGGGGCCGUGGGAUCCGGCCCCGGGCUGGAUUCAGCACCUCGCAAGGAGAGGACAGCUCCCGCAUCUGGUUCAGCACUCCGAGAGUCCCGGACAGCUCCCGAGCCAACGCCCGAGCGCAUGCGCUCCCGCGUCCUCUUCCGCCGCCGCUUCCUCCCGCAGCGCCCCGGGCCGCGCCCCGCUGGGGGCCCGACCGAGCAUGGAGCCUGGAGAAAUCCCCCAGCGAGCCGGGUCCGCCCCCGUCGCGCCGCGAACCGCCACCCACAGUUUCCGCAGUACAACUACCAGGCACUGGUGCCCGAGAAUGAGGCGGCGGGGACCGCGGUGCUACGCGUAGUGGCGCAGGAUCCGGACAUCGGCGAGGCCGGACGCCUAGUCUACUCGCUGGCUGCGCUCAUGAACAGCCGCUCGCUGGAACUGUUCAGCAUCGACCCACAGAGCGGCCUUAUUCGCACAGAGGCUGCUCUGGACCGCGAGAGCAUGGAUCGCCACUACCUGCGCGUGACGGCGCAGGAUCAUGGCUCGCCGCGCCUCUCGGCCACCACCAUGGUGGCCGUGACAGUGGCCGACCGCAACGACCACGCGCCGGUAUUUGAGCAGGCGCAAUACCGGGAGACGCUUCGCGAGAACGUGGAGGAGGGCUACCCCAUCCUGCAGUUGCGUGCCACAGAUGGUGACGCUCCCCCCAACGCCAACCUGCGUUACCGCUUUGUGGGGCCGCCAGCUGAGCGCGCCGCCGCCUCUGCCGCCUUCGAAAUUGAUCCGCGCUCAGGGCUCAUCAGCACCAGCGGUCGCGUGGACCGCGAGCACAUGGAAAGUUACGAGCUGGUGGUGGAGGCCAGCGACCAGGGACAAGAGCCCGGGCCGCGCUCUGCCACUGUGCGUGUGCACAUAACCGUGCUGGACGAGAACGACAACGCGCCCCAGUUUAGCGAGAAACGCUACGUGGCGCAGGUGCGCGAGGAUGUGCGCCCCCAUACGGUGGUGCUACGCGUCUCGGCUACCGACAGGGACAAGGACGCCAACGGACUGGUGCACUACAACAUCAUCAGUGGCAACAGCCGCGGCCACUUUGCCAUCGACAGCCUCACGGGCGAGAUCCAGGUGGUGGCACCUCUGGACUUUGAGGCAGAGCGAGAGUAUGCCUUGCGCAUCCGGGCUCAGGAUGCAGGCCGCCCACCGCUGUCCAACAACACAGGCCUGGCCAGCAUCCAGGUGGUCGAUAUCAAUGACCAUACUCCUAUCUUUGUCAGCACGCCCUUCCAGGUCUCUGUCCUGGAAAACGCGCCCCUGGGCCACUCAGUCAUCCACAUUCAGGCAGUGGAUGCAGACCAUGGAGAGAAUGCCAGAUUGGAGUAUUCCCUAACUGGUGUUGCAUCUGAUACACCCUUUGUGAUAAACAGUGCCACUGGCUGGGUCUCUGUGAGUGGUCCCCUGGACCGUGAGUCUGUGGAGCAUUACUUCUUUGGUGUGGAGGCCCGAGACCAUGGCUCACCCCCACUCUCAGCUUCAGCCAGUGUCACAGUGACUGUGCUGGAUGUUAAUGACAAUCGCCCUGAGUUCACUAUGAAGGAGUACCACCUACGACUGAAUGAGGAUGCGACCGUGGGCACCAGUGUGGUGAGUGUGACUGCUGUAGAUCGUGAUGCCAACAGUGCCAUCAACUACCAGAUCACAGGAGGCAACACUCGGAAUCGCUUUGCCAUCAGCUCCCAGGGGGGUGUAGGUCUGGUGACACUGGCUCUGCCACUGGACUACAAGCAGGAACGCUACUUCAAGUUGGUGCUAACUGCAUCUGACCGUGCCCUUCAUGAUCACUGCUACGUGCACAUCAACAUUACAGAUGCCAACACUCACCGGCCUGUCUUUCAAAGUGCCCACUACUCAGUGAGUGUGAAUGAGGAUCGGCCAGUGGGUAGCACCGUGGUGGUCAUCAGUGCCUCUGACGAUGAUGUGGGUGAGAAUGCUCGUAUCAGUUAUCUCCUGGAGGACAACCUGCCCCAGUUCCGCAUUGAUGCAGACUCAGGGGCCAUUACACUGCAGGCCUCACUGGACUAUGAGGACCAGAUGACCUACACACUGGCUAUUACAGCUCGGGACAAUGGCAUCCCACAGAAGGCAGACACUACUUAUGUGGAGGUGAUGGUCAAUGAUGUGAAUGAUAACCCUCCACAGUUUGUGGCCUCCCACUACACAGGGCUGGUUUCUGAGGAUGCCCCACCUUUCACCAGUGUCCUGCAGAUCUCAGCCACUGACCGGGAUGCUCAUGCCAAUGGCCGGGUCCAGUACACUUUCCAGAAUGGGGAAGAUGGGGAUGGAGAUUUUACCAUUGAGCCCACCUCUGGCAUUGUCCGCACAGUGAGGCGGCUAGAUCGGGAGGCGGUGCCAGUGUAUGAACUGACUGCUUACGCAGUGGACCGAGGUGUGCCCCCGCUUCGGACUCCAGUCAGCAUCCAGGUGACGGUGCAGGAUGUUAAUGACAAUGCACCGGUCUUCCCAGCUGAGGAGUUUGAGGUGCGAGUGAAGGAGAACAGCAUUGUGGGCUCGGUGGUAGCCCAGAUCACUGCACUGGACCCUGAUGAAGGCCCCAAUGCUCAUAUAAUGUACCAGAUUGUGGAGGGGAACAUCCCUGAGCUGUUCCAAAUGGAUAUCUUCUCUGGAGAGUUGACAGCACUCAUUGACCUGGACUAUGAAGCUCGCCAGGAGUAUGUGAUUGUUGUGCAGGCCACAUCAGCCCCUCUGGUCAGUCGGGCCACUGUGCACGUCCGCCUGGUUGACCAGAAUGACAACAGCCCUGUGCUCAACAACUUCCAGAUCCUCUUCAACAACUAUGUAUCCAACCGCUCAGACACUUUCCCCUCAGGCAUCAUUGGGCGCAUCCCUGCUUACGAUCCUGAUGUCUCUGACCACCUCUUCUACUCCUUUGAGCGGGGCAAUGAGCUGCAGCUGCUGGUGGUCAACCAGACCAGCGGGGAGCUUCGACUCAGCCGCAAGCUAGACAACAACCGCCCACUGGUGGCCUCCAUGUUGGUGACUGUCACAGAUGGGCUACAUAGUGUGACGGCGCAGUGUGUGCUGCGCGUGAUCAUCAUCACAGAGGAGUUGCUGGCCAACAGCCUGACCGUGCGCCUUGAGAACAUGUGGCAGGAACGCUUCCUUUCGCCACUGCUGGGCCACUUCCUGGAAGGCGUGGCCGCAGUACUUGCCACACCUGCCGAGGACGUCUUCAUCUUCAACAUCCAGAACGACACAGACGUGGGGGGCACCGUGCUCAACGUGAGCUUCUCAGCGCUGGCGCCACGCGGGGCCGGGGCUGGAUCUGCAGGUCCCUGGUUCAGCUCCGAGGAGCUGCAGGAGCAGCUGUACGUGCGCCGAGCCGCACUUGCCGCCCGCUCUCUCCUGGACGUGUUGCCCUUCGACGACAACGUGUGCCUGCGCGAGCCCUGUGAGAACUACAUGAAAUGUGUGUCCGUGCUGCGCUUUGACUCCUCUGCGCCCUUCCUGGCCUCCGCCUCCACGCUCUUCAGACCCAUCCAGCCCAUCGCAGGCCUGCGCUGCCGCUGCCCCCCAGGCUUCACGGGAGACUUCUGCGAGACGGAGCUCGAUCUCUGCUACUCCAACCCUUGCCGCAAUGGCGGCGCCUGCGCGCGGCGCGAGGGGGGCUACACCUGCGUCUGCCGCCCGCGCUUCACAGGCGAAGACUGCGAGCUAGACACGGAGGCUGGACGCUGUGUGCCCGGCGUCUGCCGCAACGGGGGCACCUGCGCCAACGGGCCUGACGGCGGCUUUCGCUGCCAGUGCCCGGCGGGCGGCGCCUUCGAGGGUCCGCGCUGCGAAGUGGCGGCUCGCUCCUUCCCGCCCAGUUCUUUCGUCAUGUUCCGCGGCCUGCGGCAGCGCUUCCACCUCACGCUGUCCCUCUCGUUCGCCACGGUGCAGCCCAGUGGGCUGCUCUUCUACAACGGGCGCCUGAACGAGAAGCAUGACUUCCUGGCCCUGGAGCUCGUGGCUGGGCAAGUGAGACUCACAUAUUCCACCGGUGAGUCCAACACAGUGGUCAGCCCCACAGUUCCAGGGGGCCUGAAUGACGGGCAGUGGCACACAGUGCAUCUGAGAUACUACAACAAGCCCCGGACAGAUGCCCUGGGGGGUGCUCAGGGCCCCUCCAAGGACAAGGUGGCUGUGCUGAGCGUGGAUGACUGCGACAUGGCUGUGGCUCUGCAGUUUGGUGCUGAGAUUGGCAACUACUCAUGCGCGGCUGCUGGCACACAAACAAGCUCCAAGAAGUCCCUGGACCUGACAGGCCCUUUGCUCCUGGGGGGUGUCCCCAACCUUCCCGAGAACUUCCCCGUGUCCCACAAGGACUUUGUUGGCUGCAUGCGGGACCUGCAUAUUGAUGGCCGCCGAGUGGACAUGGCAUCCUUUGUCGCAAACAAUGGCACCAUGGCAGGCUGCCAGGCCAAGCUGCACUUUUGUGACUCAGGCCCCUGCAAGAACAGCGGCUUCUGCUCAGAGCGCUGGGGUGGCUUCAGCUGUGACUGCCCUGUGGGCUUCGGAGGCAAAGACUGUCGGCUCACUAUGGCCCAUCCCCACCAUUUCCGUGGCAACGGCACACUGAGCUGGGACUUUGGAAAUGACAUGGCUGUGUCUGUGCCGUGGUACCUGGGGCUGGCAUUUCGGACACGGGCGAAGCAGGGGGUCCUGAUGCAAGUCCAGGCUGGGCCACAUAGCACACUCCUCUGUCAGCUGGAUCGGGGGUUGCUGUCUGUGACAGUGACCAGGGGCUCGGGCCGUGCUGCCCACCUCCUCCUGGACCAGGUGACUGUCAGUGAUGGCCGAUGGCAUGAUCUGCGGCUGGAGUUGCAGGAGGAGCCAGGUGGCCGGCGGGGCCACCAUGUCCUCAUGGUCUCAUUGGACUUUAGCCUCUUCCAGGACACCUUGGCUGUGGGGAGUGAGCUGCAGGGCCUGAAGGUAAAGCGACUCCAUGUGGGAGGCCUGCCCCCCAGCAGUGAAGAGGAGGCUCCUAAGGGUCUGGUUGGCUGUAUCCAGGGAGUAUGGCUUGGUUCCACGCCUUCGGGCUCCCCAGCCCUGCUUCCCCCGAGCCACCGAGUGAACGUGGAACCUGGCUGUGUCGUGACCAACGCCUGUGCAUCUGGGCCCUGCCCACCCCAUGCUGACUGCCGAGACCUCUGGCAGACUUUUUCCUGUACCUGCUGGCCAGGUUACUAUGGCCCGGGCUGUGUGGACGCCUGCCUCUUGAACCCCUGUCAGAAUCAGGGGUCAUGCCGGCACCUCCCUGGGGCCCCCCAUGGCUAUACCUGCGACUGUGUAGGUGGCUAUUUUGGGCACCACUGUGAGCACAGGAUGGACCAACAGUGCCCACGGGGCUGGUGGGGGAGCCCAACGUGUGGCCCCUGCAACUGCGACGUUCAUAAGGGCUUUGACCCCAACUGCAACAAGACAAAUGGGCAGUGUCACUGCAAGGAAUUCCAUUACCGACCGCGGGGCAGCGACUCAUGCCUCCCAUGUGACUGCUACCCUGUGGGCUCCACUUCACGUUCAUGCGCCCCCCACAGCGGGCAGUGCCCCUGUCGCCCAGGAGCCCUUGGCCGCCAGUGCAACAGCUGUGACAGUCCUUUUGCAGAGGUGACAGCCAGCGGCUGCCGGGUGCUCUAUGACGCCUGCCCCAAGUCCCUGAGAUCUGGUGUGUGGUGGCCUCAGACCAAGUUUGGUGUCUUGGCCUCAGUGCCCUGUCCUCGGGGGGCUCUGGGAGCUGCCGUGCGGCUAUGCGACGAGGACCAGGGUUGGCUGGAGCCUGACCUCUUCAACUGUACCUCCCCUGCCUUUCGAGAACUCAAUCUGCUGCUGGAUGGCCUAGAGCUGAACAAGACAGUCCUGGAUACUGUGGAGGCUAAGAAGCUGGCUCAGAGGCUACGGGAGGUGACUGGCCACACUGACCACUACUUCAGCCAAGAUGUCCGAGUCACUGCCCGCCUGCUGGCCCAUCUGUUGGCCUUUGAGAGUCACCAGCAGGGCUUUGGGCUGACAGCCACACAAGACGCCCACUUCAAUGAGAAUCUGCUGUGGGCUGGCUCUGCACUGCUUGCUCCAGAGACCGGGGACUUGUGGGCAGCGCUGGGGCAGCGGGCCCCUGGGGGUUCCCCAGGCAGCGCCGGGCUGGUGCAGCACCUGGAGGAGUACGCGGCCACGCUCGCGAGGAAUAUGGAACUCACGUACCUGAAUCCCGUGGGGCUGGUGACACCCAACAUCAUGCUCAGCAUUGACCGCAUGGAGCACCCCAGUCCCAGCCGGGGGACCCGUCGCUACCCUCGUUACCACAGCAACCUUUUCCGGGGCCAGGAUGCCUGGGAUCCUCACACGCACGUGCUGCUGCCUUCCCAGGCCCCACGGCCGUCCCCACCUGAAGCUCUGUCCACAAGUGGCAGCAGCAUGGAGAACUCCACCACCUCGAGUAUGGCUCCCCCGCCGGCCCCCCCAGAGCCCGAGCCUGAGCCUGGGAUCUCCAUCGUCAUCCUCCUGGUUUACCGCACCUUAGGGGGGCUGCUCCCUGCCCAGUUCCAGGCCGAGCGCCGGGGUGCCAGGCUUCCCCAGAACCCUGUUAUGAACUCCCCGGUGGUCAGUGUGGCUGUGUUCCAUGGACGCAACUUCCUAAGUGGUGUCCUAGAGUCCCCGAUCAGCCUGGAGUUCCGCCUGCUACAGACAGCGAAUCGCAGCAAGGCCAUCUGUGUGCAGUGGGACCCGCCUGGCCCGUGAGGACUUCCACUCUGGAAACCCUUGGUCCCCCUGGGAGCCCCUGGGAGGCCCAGCCUGCCCCUGGGGCCCCCACCAAUGCCCCUGUGCACCCAGACCCAUGAGGAAUGCUGCUCCCCAACUCCAGGCA